CUGGGAAUGACUACUAGUCCAUCCCCCAAGGUUGUCGGUCUCUUCUCAGCUCUGCGCCUCCUCAUCUUACUUCCAGUGAGGUUUGUGCCCCUUGGAUUGCGCCAUUUGCCGCCUUGACCAAUAUCUGGAUCGCUGAUGAUUGGAAACCAGCCGGGUUUCUUUAUGACUCAGACCAAGAACGCUCUGUAGCCACGGUCAUUGUUUAUCGCGCAUCUUUGGUUCGUGGUUCAUUACUCAAACUUAGAGCCACCCAUCUCGCGCCUUCCUCCGGUCUUGUUUCCCUCGCUUUAUAUCCGUCUCCUCUUCAUCCGAUCACUUGUAGCCGUCCAGGCAGCCAUCGUCUGUCCCUCCGAAGCGUGUGCUACGCCUCGCCCUAGAAGCAAGCACCACCUGGUCCUCCAAUAUAUCUUACCGAACAAGGAAGACCUGCGUUGAUCGCCAUGUCUGAAACCUUGCUCGAUAUGCGCCGGGCUGAUAAGGAAGCCAAACGGGCUCACGACCACAAGGCGAAAUGGGCUUACGGUAGUCGAUGUGCUCGUACUAUCCCUGAACCCCUCUCGUCGGCCCUUCCUCCCACUCGCCCUGCGGUGCCGAUCACUCAUAGCAUGAACUUCACCCGUGCCCUGCGAUUCGAUCGGAAGAGCCAGUUCAACCACACGGCCAGCGACGCGAAGAUGGCUCUGCGUGCCGAUGUCCGGGAGGCUCUAGAGAGUGGUCCAUCCGACUCUUCCAGUGACGAUGUCGACGCCCCCGGAUCGAUCGAUCGAACUCAGGAGGAGCUCGAAUCCAGAGAGGGCUCUCUGCACAACUAUGAUGUGUCGGGACAGACCAUACUUUCGGACGCUGUCAGCAAGGCGGUCGAGAGAUUUGAGACCAAGGAGACAGAGAAGAUCAUCAAGACGUAUGAGAUAAUUUCUCGCGAGAGCGAGACUGCCAUCGGCUAUCUGGCCGAUGACGAUGACUUCGAGCUGGUGGACCACGUCCACCUUUAACGUCCGCCUGGUACUCGCAAUUCUCUCUCACUGUUUAUUUUAGCGUCGCGAUUCUUGGGACUGGAGUUGGGUUCGACCACUUAGGUGUUUUUCUUUCUUUGCACUGAACUUUCGGUUUAUUGUAUCAUCAUUAAUGCAUCCUGUCUUCACGCUUGGUUUUAUAUCCUCUUUUGCGGUUGAUAGACACGCGGGGCAAGGCUGGUCUGUUCCUGUCUUUACCAUCACACUGUUGUUAUCAUCAGCUCUGAUCUUAGGUCAUUAGUAUAGUCCUUUAGACAGAGAAUUAGAACUCGUAUAUAGGUCGC